UUAGCUCUGUGCUUCACCCCUGCUCCUCUGGAGAGCCCGAGGGAGGCUCUUCCCGUCCCGAGAGAGCUGCAGCCAGACCCUGCCGAGAGCAUCGUAGUAAGUCCCCAAUUCUUAUUCCUCUUCUGAUCUCAACAGAUUCUCGCGCAGGUGAGGAAGGGGCGAUACGGAGCGUGGACCAUGCCGUGGUCGGCGGCGUCGUGGCCGUCGUCGUCUUUGCGAUGCUUUGCCUGCUCAUCAUUUUAGGGCGAUAUUUUGCCAGACAUAAAGGUACAUACUUCACCCACGAAGCCAAAGGAGCAGAUGAUGCGGCCGACGCAGACACAGCCAUCAUCAACGCAGAGGGAGGACAAAACAACUCCGAGGAAAAGAAAGAGUACUUCAUCUAGAGCAGCCUUGGUUCCCAUGAGGUGUCCAACCGUGGACGGUUACUACUGGCCCUAUUUAAACGCUACAGAGACAGUGAUCUUGGAAGUUGCAACCAGCUUGUGUCUUUUUUUUUUUAAGGAAAAAAAAAAGCGAAUGGGUGGAGAGCGGAGAGGCCGGGAGGGUCCGGGAUUCGCUGUGUAAAAAUAUUCCUCGUAAAGUACACUCUGCUGUUCGACACCUCAGUUCGUUUGGGUUUUCUUUUUUUGGCCAAGUCCAGCUUGGAUUUAGUUUAGUGAAGUCAUUUGCAGAAGAUUCUGUGCCUUGUUUAAUUUCUGUUCGUUCGGGUCGGGGGGAGGCUGGGAAGAAGAGGGGCUUCUGUGCGUUAGUUCCCUUCGGGUUUCUGUGGCUCUUCGUUUCCCCUUUCCUGUUUCUGGAGUUGCCAGCUGGGACCCCGUGGAGUAGGU